CUCUUUCCUCCCCUUUCUUCUCUUUUCUCUCAUUAAACAACCAACUAAAUUUCAAAAAAGAAAACCACAGCCAAAAAUUUCCCUUCCCCAGAAAUGGAGAUUAAUGUGAAGCAUCCGGCUUAUGGAUUCGAUCAGUCCGACGGGUUCGACUCCAUACCCGACCCGAUUGUCCUCCACAUCUUCAGCAAAAUCUCCGACAUCAAAACCCUAAUCCGUUGCCGCUCCGUUUCCAAAAGGUUCAAUUCGCUGGUUCCUCAAGCCGACUCGCUCCUCCUCCGAGUUGACCGAGUCAUCUCUACGACCGAUUCCGACGACGACGAUGGCGACUCCUUCUUCCUCGCCUUCCUACGAUCCAUCGUUAAAUCCCUCCAUAAUUUCAUUUCCCCAAACAAGCAUACCCAUUUUGGCAGCCCGACCAGGACUCAGAACUCUCCCACCCAGAUCCUCCGCGGGUUCGAGAACAUCCGGAGUCUCCAAAUCGAGCUCCCCUCCGGCGACCUGAGGUUGGAAAAAGGCACCACGAUUAAAUGGAAAGCGCAUUUCGGGAAGACCCUGAAGAGCUGCGUGAUUCUGGGGUUUCGCGGCGGAUCUGAGGCAGAUUUUAGCGGCGGUGGGUUGAAAAUGCGGGUGGUUUGGACGAUCAGUGCGUUAAUCGCAGCCUCGGCCAGGCAUUAUAUGAUGCUCGAUGUGAUUAGAGAGCAGACGGAUUUGUCUAAUUUGGUUGUCAAAGAUAAGGACAACGAAGGAAUGGUUGUUAUGGAUAAGGGCGGAUUGAAAGAGUGCAGAGAGCGGGGAGGAGAGGAAGAAGAGAUGAACAAUAACAACAACAACAGUAACAGCAAUCGGAGGGCAGGGGUUUGGUGGAAAAGUAAUCGGACAACUGUGCCUGCAGUUAGGAUGAGGAUGAGGCACGAGGCACGGAUGGAGCUAUCAAAUGGGGUGAAAUUGGAAGGGGCGACGUUGGUUGUUGUGAGGCCCAUAAAUGCUAGUGGAUGUGGUGGUCGCGGAGGAGGGAGUGAGGCGGAGGAGCAGAGCGGGGAUGUGGGAUUGGCGAUGGGGGCGUUCGGAGGCGAUGGAGUUUAUGGGGAGGCUAUUGAGAGGUUGCUCAAAUGCAGGAGUUAUAUUCUUGAAAUGAACUCCUUUUGAGUAAGCAACUGUAUGAUAGAGAUAUCAGUGAGUUAUAUUCUUUAGAUGAACUCUUUUUGAUUAAGGAAGUGUAUGAUAGAGAUGUCUGUGAGAUGUGUUUUGUUUCCGACUCUUUGAUAGCUAGGCGCCUUUUAUAUGGUUAAUGAUGACCUAGAACUGUCCUUGUGAUUUGUAUAUAUCCUAGUUUUUUUGUUAAUGGGAUUGUACGAGUUUUGAUGCUUGUUUGUCUGUCGAAAAUCUGAUGUACUUUCCAUGUUCUUGCAGCAGAUUAACCAUUAUGCUGUUUUUUGUGAUUA